AUGGCAUUAAAGCUUUAUUUGUUUCUCUUGUUUCUCCAUCUAUUUUCCAUAACAAAAGCUCAAUCCCCCCAACAAUCAAACAUUACCACUGGCUCCACCAUUUACACAAACUCCACCCCAAAUUUCUGGCCUUCUCCUUCUGGCUAUUUUGCAUUUGGGUUUUACCCUAGUGGCAAUGGCUUCAAGGUUGGCAUUUGGCUCGUGGGCAGCCCCAAAAACACAAUAGUGUGGAUGUCACGUCAGAAUGAUACAGUGCUCUCACCUGGUGCAGCUCUUCUCUUUUCUACAGAUGGUAGACUCCGCCUCCAUAGCUCCACUGGACAAGUUGAAUCAAUUGCUAAAACAAAUCAAAAGGCUUCAGUUGCUUCCAUGCUUGAUUCUGGUAACUUUGUUUUGUAUGACUCUAGUUGGAACAUCAUUUGGGCUAGCUUUGAUUAUCCGAGCAAUACCCUUUUGGUCGGACAAAAGCUAGGUCAAGAACGAGUUUUGUAUUCUAGCAUCUCCGAAGCAGAUAGCUCAAUUGGAAGCUUCGAGCUAUGUAUGCAAAGUGAUGGAAACCUCAAUGCUUAUCCAAUAAGAAGUAUUUUUGAUGGAAGAUAUGUGUAUUGGUCAUCAAAUAACCCACAUGCUGAAAGAAACUCGUCCUUGAAUCUAGCAGCUGACAGCCGCAUCUACCUUUCCAAUUCCAUUGGGUUAAGCAUACUGAAUUUAACAGAAGGUGGAUAUCCUAUUGAUGCUAAAGCCCUGUAUCGGGUAACGUUUGACGUGGACAGCAUUUUGAGACUUUACCAGCAUCAAAUGGGGCUUAAAGGCAGCUCAAACUCUUCAAUCUUGUGGACGACAAUCCAUGAAGAAGAUCGUUGCAGGGUUAAAGGGAUUUGCGGGCCAAACAGCAUUUGCACCAUCAAUGAUGCAGAUCUUUCUUGCAUCUGUCUCCCAGGUUUUGACUUUGUGGAUUCUGAAAAUCCUAAUAUUGGCUGCAAGUUAAACUUCACGAUCAUAGAAGAUUGCUUUGGAAACAAGGGUAACGCGGAUUAUACUAUUUUCCCUCUCCCAAACACUCUAUGGGAACCUAGCGAGUAUGAUAUACUGUCAAAAUCGAGUGAAGAAGCAUGUUCCAAAGAUUGUUUGGAGGACUGUAAUUGUGUGGUGGCAAAAUUCAGAGACCAAAUGUGCAUCAAGCAAAAGCUUCCACUUAGAUUUCUGAGGAGGAAUAGUAGUGAUCCAACUAAAGCAUUGGUGAAGAUUAGAAAUGAAAGUUUGCCAAAUGACUUGCCCACAGACACAAAUGUUGUCAUCACAAAGAAGCUAGGGAAGAAACUUGGAGUUGUUGGUGUAGUUCUCAUCACCUUCUCUAUAAUUUUUUUUCUGUUGUCCAGUUAUCUUAUUUUUUCACGUCAGAUUUGGAGCUCUAAGAUCAAUACAAGGCAAGCUAGUAGUCCACCUGAUGUUGUUGAAGAAAUAAGUUUGAGAUCAUUUACCUAUGAUCAACUAGUAAUAGCCACAGAUAAUUUCAAGGAAGAGAUUGGUAGGGGAGCAUCUGCGAAGGUUUAUAAAGGCACCCUGGCAAUGAAUGGUGGACGAGAAAUUGCAGUUAAGUGGCUAUUGAAUAUGGUAGAAGGAGAACCAGAGUUCCGAAAUGAAAUGAAGAUAAUAGGAAGGACUCACCACAAGAAUUUAGUGCACUUGAUCGGCUUUUGCAGUGAAGGAUCAAGCAGGCUCCUUGUGUAUGAAUUCAUGAAAAAUGGCUCAUUGGGAAGCCUUCUCUUCAAUGCCAGGGAACGUCCUAGUUGGAAUGAGAGAAUGAGAAUUUCACUAGAGAUAGCAAGGGGGAUUCACUAUCUCCAUGAAGAGUGUCAGACCCGGAUCAUCCAUUGUGACAUUAAGCCACAGAAUAUACUCAUGGAUGAAUCUUGGUCAGCCAAAAUAUCAGAUUUUGGACUAUCCAAACUAUUGAAAACAGAUCAAACAAGGACAUACACCAUGGCAAGGGGAACAAGAGGCUAUGUAGCUCCUGAGUGGUACAAGAGCAAUUCUGCAAUCACAGUAAAAGCUGACAUCUACAGCUUCGGGGUACUGUUAUUCGAAAUCAUUUGCUGCAGAAAGAACAUGGUUUUAUCAGCCCCAGAGGAAGAAAUAGUACUAAUGGAUUGGAUUGAUAGAUGCUAUGUGUCUGGAGAGCUUAGAAAAGUGGUGGGAGAAGAAGUGGUGGACAUGGAGGAACUAGAAAAGAUGGUGAAAGUGGGACUUCGGUGUGCGCAGACUGAACCAGAUCAGCGCCCCUCGAUGAAGUCUCUGAUUUUGAUGCUAGAAGGAACCAUCGUGACACAACCACCUCCUCCACUAUGUUCCGAUGCUAGUGUCUAACUCAUACUCCUAUGCUACAAGAAUUCCGCUGUGACCUAUAUUGUUGCUCAUCAAUGAAAUAAAUCAACACAUCACGUUGACUUGAA